GCAUCGCGUGGUCCAACGAAACAGGAAAAAAUAUUUCAAGUAACCGUGGAGAACUGCUGAAGAAGCACGUUUCACCGUAGAUGACGUCAGUUUGUGUUUUCCCUUUCAGGGUGGGGGUAGAGGGAGGAGUGGGAAUCACAGAUUUAAAGCAUGCGAGCGAAACCACAUCUGUCCUUAUUUGGAUAGGUUCUAUCGAUACAGGAAGGCUAUCUGAUUGAAAGAAAAACACAAACAAACAGAUAAAACAAACGUGAAAAGAAACACGGAGGUGUUUAAUUUAUCCACCCACCCCUCGCCCUCUUGAAGCUUUGCACUAAUCCAACGCCUGCGAGGAAAAUUUUUCAUUAAUAUUCGGUAUUGACCGAGGUGUGCGAAGCAACGCUUACUUACUGAAGACAUUUGAAGUGUCUUGUUUUACGUACACAGAAAAGAAAACAUGAAGGUCGCUUUGUUUGUGGCAUUUUCGUUGUUCUGUUUACUUCGGACGAGCGGUGCACAGAUACAGUGUUCAGAGUGCCAGAGUUUAGUUUCUUAUGACGAUUGCCAAAAUAAAACAAUAGUGGUGAACUGCUCCAGUGUCAAUGAUCAUGCUUGUUUUCAAGCAAAUGUCAAGUAUGAAAAAGGAGCUGAGAAGAUCCAUAAAUUUCAAAAAGGAUGUGUGCAGAAAAGCUUUUGUGAAGAUUACAGCAAAGGGAAGAUUAAUGAAUGUAUUACUCGAAAGGAACAGGGAUAUGAAGUUGACUGCAGAGCAAUGUGCUGCCAUGAAGAUGAAUGCAACAUGAAAGAUCUUCUUGUUGACAACAAAGGUGCACAGCUACAGUGUUCAGAGUGCCAGAGUUUAGUUUCUUAUGAUGAUUGCCAAAAUAAAACAACAGUGGUGAACUGCUCCAGUGUCAAUGAUCAUGCUUGUUUUCAAGCAAAUGUCAAGUAUGAAAAAGGAGCUGAGAAGAUCCAUGUAUUUCAAAAAGGAUGUGUGCAGAAAAGCUUUUGUGAAGAUUACAGCAAAGGGGAGAUUAAUGAAUGUAUUUCUCGAAAGGAACAGGGAUAUGAAGUUGACUGCAGAGCAAUGUGCUGCCAUGAAGAUGAUUGCAACAUGAAAGAUCUUCUUGUUGGGAAUGAAGACAACAAAGGUUCAGCAUUUGCAAUCAGUGUUAUGAUCUUGCUGUCUGGUCUGUUACUCACGCUUGUCAAUAUCAACUAACAGUUAUGCCCUUAUAAUCUCAGUCAAUUAUUAUCUUUUUAAUAGAGCAGUAAUCUUAAAAUAAGUUAGCCAUGCUGUUGGUUAUGUUUUCUAGUUAACAUUGCUUAAUAAUGCUGUUAGUAAAAGUUAACAUAUCAGAGAGAGUAGAAGGGAUUGACGAGGAGAGUAAAGAAAUUCUUGAGGUUGUUUCCCAAGCAAAAUUUGAGAGUGUGCUUGUCCUAAGGGCAAGCUGGAAUUCAAGUUGUUUUCAAGCCCGGCUUUGAUCUUCUAAAUUAUCUCUCAUUCCCAAGCUCUUGUAUAUGAUGACAGAGAUACAAAGUCAGGUUUUUCUGUCAGUGUUAAAUCUUUCUGUCUUCAGGAGUCUCAGUACCUUCAGUACAUAAUUUUUCAAACAAGGAUCUCUUUUUCUCAGCAAGUCUCUUAUAUUGUUCAGCAUCCAUUACGUCCUAAUAUUAAUUUUAGUCUGUUCAUUCUAAUGAAAGUGGGAACUUUUGUUGUCCACAUAUGUGUAUGUUACCAACAUAAAUUUGAAUCAAGAAGAAUGCCUGGAGGGAGUGGGGAGGAGAGUGUAGAUAAAGAAUUUGUGACAGCAAACAUAAAUGUGUUGAAUAUGGACAAAUCAGCUUAAGACUAUGGGUACACUGUAGUUCUUCACUUUCAUUUUUUGAUCAAAAUUAUUUGAUGGAGGAAGCACAAUUACCAUGCGUGUGGGUGCAGACAAUAACCUGUCGAUGUGACAGCCCCUGUGAAAGAUAACUGAGAAAUCUACUCAUUGUCAAGAAUCAGAUCAAUCACAGCACAAAUUCAGUGACGGAAUCCCAAAAGGGCAGAAUGAAACUAAAAUGUGCACUGUUUUACUUGAAAAAGAGUGGGGGAAAGGAUUCUUGGCCCUUGUUCACAAAUUUUAUACAUGUUAGAUAGAUGUCUGUACCCAGGGGUGGAUUAGGGGAGGGGAGGGGAAAAGAAUAGAUUGGGUGGCCAACCCCUCUGCUACAUGUAAAUCCACCAAAAACCUGAAACAAACACAUUGACCCAUGCAUACUAGGAAGGUGUAAUAAAUUGUUGCUGUAUUUAUCUUUUUUUGCUAAAUAAAAUGUUAAAAAAAAAAAA